AUGAGCGCGAAGGCUGAGCGUCAGUUCGACUAUGACCUCUUCUGCAUCGGAGCGGGCUCGGGCGGCGUCCGCACGUCGCGCAUGAGCGCCAGCUACGGCGCCAAGGUCGGCAUUUGCGAGAUGCCGUGGCACCCGAUCUCCUCCGACACGCACGGGGGCGUCGGCGGCACGUGCGUGCUGCGCGGCUGCGUCCCGAAGAAGCUCAUGGUGUACGGCAGCGAGUUCAGCGAGUCGUUCAGCGACUCUGCGGGCUUCGGCUGGAGCCUUGGUGGCGCGCCCAGCUUCGACUACGCAACGUUCAAGGCCGCCAAGAACAAGGAGCUCGAGCGCCUCAACGGCAUCUACCACAGGCUCCUCGCCAACGCCGGCGUCGAGCUCAUCGAGGGCCGUGGCAAGCUCGUCGGCCCGCACGAGGUCGAGAUUUCGACCGCGGACGGCCCCAAGCGCGUCACUGCUGCCAAGAUCCUCGUCGCGCCCGGCUCCAAGGCGUGGGCGCCGCCGAUGCCCGGGCUCGAGCACACGAUCACGUCGGACCACGCGCUCGAGCUGGAUGCGUUCCCGAAGAAGAUGUUCAUCGUCGGCGGCGGGUACAUUGGCAUCGAGUUCGCCUGCAUCUUCCAGGGGCUCGGCGUGGAGGUGCACUACUCGUUCCGCGGCGAAUAUCCGCUCAAGGGCUUUGAUGAGGAGUGCAGGAAGUUCCUCACGGAGCAGAUCGACCACCACCACAACCUGACCCUGCACAAGAACUGGACGCCCACGGAGGUGGUCAAGCAGGCCGACGGACGGUACACGCUCAAGGCCAAGGACAGCUCCGGCGCGGAGCACGAGGUGAAGGACCUCGACCAGGUCAUGAUGGCCACCGGGCGGAAGCCCAACACUGCCAACAUGGGCCUCGAGGACGUGGGCGUGGAGCUCGACGCGAAGAGCGGCGCGAUCAAGGUCGACGAAUACUCGCGGACGAACGUUCCGUCGAUCUACGCCAUCGGCGACGUGACGGACCGCAUUCAGCUGACGCCAGUCGCCCUCAUGGAGGGCAUGGCGCUGGCCAAGACGCUGUUCAACAACGAGCCCACGUCGCCGGACCACGAGGCGGUGCCGUCCGCGGUCUUCUCGCAGCCCUCGCUCGCGUCCUGCGGCCUCACCGAGGAACAGGCUCUCCAGAAGCACCCCGACCUGGACGUGUACUCGUCGUCCUUCCGCCCCAUGCGCGCCACGCUGUCCGGGUCCCCGAUGCGCGCGCUCAUGAAGCUGCUGGUCGACGCGAAGACGAGCCGCGUCGUCGGCUGCCACAUGGUCGGCCCGGAGGCCGGGGAGAUCAUGCAGGGGAUGGGGUUGGCGGUGAAGCUCGGGGUGACCAAGGCGCAGCUGGACAGCCUGGUGGGGAUCCAUCCGUCGACCGCGGAGGAGUUCGUGACGAUGCGGUCGCCGGCGCGGAAGUUCCGCGCGGGUAAGCUGCAGGAGUGA